ACCUUUACACUGCGAUACGGUUUAAUCCGUUUUUUUAAAGAUGUUACUUAGUAAAGUAACGUUAGGGUUGCUGUUUAUUUGUGUUAUAUGUUCGUGUGUGGUGUCUUUAGACCAGGAGGGCGAAAACGAAUACGACAGUGAAUAUGAAGACGAAGAAAUUGACGAGUAUAGGCCUAAUAUGAACAAGGACGAACCGCUUUUCGACGAUUUAAUGACGCGACAAUAUGAAAAUACUGAAAACGGCUUAGAUCAGGAAACAGCAGAAGACAGCGCUUCUGAUCUUAAGUUUAGUGAAGAAGUAUUGGUCAAUUUGCGGCAGUUGUUACAGGAUCAAGCAAGCUUAAACUUGGCGUUAGUCGAACCGAAGACGUCUUGUUCAGCUAUAACAAAUCUAGCACACUCUACCACUAACUGUGGAACUGUUUCUACAAGCCUCGGUCCAGUUGUGUGGUGCAAAAUAACUUGUAACCCUGGGUAUAAAUUAAAAGAAGCCACCCCUCAAUAUGAGUUAUGUGGAAAACCAACCAAGUACAGAUGGACAUAUCAAUUACGUGGGUUGACAAUACCACAAGAAAGAUGUGUUGUAGGUGUUUCUACAUUCAAUGAAACAAUUUGUACAACACCAGAAUGCUUUUCAACAGCAUCAUACUACAUGAACAACAUGAACUUCAGAGUAAAACCGUGCGACAACUUCUUUGAGCAUGCAUGUGGACGUUGGAUUCAUGAAACUAAGAUACCAAAGUCAAAAGGAAAAUACCUCAUCUACACUGUGCUGAGAGAUAGAGUAAAUUCUGAACUUGGAGAUUUAUUGUUGAAGCCGAUCAAACCAAGUGAAGGAACUGGAGCAGCAAAGGCAAAGAUUAUUUACAGGUCCUGCAUGAAUACAGCAUUGAUCAACAAACUGGGUGAUCGGCCUCUACUGAACCUACUUCAUGGUGAGCUGGCAUGGCCCAUCAUUAGUUCUAACUGGGAUGAAUCAAAAUUUGAACUUGUCAAAACUUUAUCAACACUGAGAGGAAAGUUCCAUAACAAUGUCUUGUUUAAAGUUAAAGUUGGAAGGGAGACAAAGACACAUGCUUUGCAAAUUUCUACUGGAAAAAUGGCAAUUCCUUUCAAGAGAUACACCAAUCCACAUCUUGCAUAUAAACUGGAUGCUUACUACAAGCUUUUCUAUGAAACUGCUAUCAACCUUGGAGCAGAUGUGAGAACUGCUGUACAAGAUGUGGAAAACGUUCGCAAGUUUGAGUUAAAGUUGUUGAACUUAAAGGAACAUAGUAGUGAAGAGUAUGGAUACACAAGCACCUUGGCUGAAAUGAACCAAAGAAUACCAGGGAUUAAUUGGGUUGAACUGUUCACUGAAAUGAUCUGGACUUACCCAGUAACACCACAAACUAAAAUCUGGGUCUAUAAUGAAAACUACCUCAAGAAACUCAUAAGCCUCAUACAAAAGACAGAUAAAAGAGUUGUACAAAACUAUAUGGUAUGGAGAUUGGUGAAACACAGGGUGCGGAAUCUAAGCAAUCGGUUUGAGAAUUUGUACAGAGAAUAUGUGAGAGAGGUUUACCACAGGAGUAGUUUACCUACAAGGAAAUAUAAAUGCUCACACUUUCUGAUGUUUUCUCUGAAACGACCAACUGGUUAUCUUUUCAUUAAGAAAUAUUUCUCAAAGGCAAAGAAAGAUGCAGCAAAGGUUUUGUUUGAACAUGUUAAGAAAGGGUUUGUUCAGCUUUUGAACACAGAAGUAAAUUGGAUGGACAACAAGACAAGAGAAUACGCCAAGAAGAAAGCUCUGGCGGUUAAGUUCCAUAUUGGAUAUAAUGAACAGAUGUACAACAAUGUUACUAAGAUUGAUGCAAGCCUUCAAGAGUUACAUCCAAAGGUCAGUGAUUACUUUGGCAAUGUAAUUAAAGUUCUCACCGAAAUUGCACAAAACAAGUUUAAAUUAUUGGGAAAACCAGUGAAGGCAAAUACAGAUCCUUUUACUGCAAGACCUACAAUGGUAAACGCAAGAUAUGACCCAACAUACAACACAGUGUCUCUGCCAGGGGGUGAAUUACAGUAUCCAUUCUACUGGGGAAACAAAUACCUAAGGGCCUAUCAAUAUGGUGCCAUUGGUUCGAUUCUUGGCCACGAGUUGACCCAUGGGUUUGAUGAUAAUGGGCGGAUGUAUGACAUUCAAGGAAGAAUGAGAAACUGGUGGUCUCCUGCUUCACUUGCAGAGUUCAAGAAGAGAGAAAAAUGCAUGGAGAAGCAGUACAGUUCAAUAUACUGGCCUUUGGCUGGUAAACAUUUGGAUGGAGUGAAAUUGCUUGGAGAAAACAUUGCUGAUAACGGAGGUGUAAGAGAAGCAUAUGCAGGUUACCAGAUCUGGUUGAAAGACAAUGGUUUAAAGGGAGAAGCAUUAGAACCUUCCACAGGGCUCACAAACAACCAAAUGUUCUUCAUUGGCUACGCAAACGUUCGUUGUGGUAAAUUCACACGAGCGGGCGCCAUAACACAACUUGCAACUGAUAACCACGGUCCAGGGAAAUACAGGAUAACAACUGCUCUUCAGAACUUUGAUAAAUUUUCCGAAGCAUUUUCUUGUCCAUCUGGUUCUUUUAUGAACCCGCGACACAAGUGCGUCAUCUGGUGACGAGAUUUUUAGAAUAUUUUGAAUUUCUUGAACCUGUUGUUUCAUGGAUGUUUUGCAAACUGUGCAAUACGUUAGAUAAGUGUAUGUAUUUUAAAUUACCUAUCUAAAUUUCGUUAUAAGCAAAUAAAAGAGUUAUUGCGUUUUUGA